AUGAAAAUAGGUUAAUUUUAAUCAUCAGAAACUACAUUUAAUCCUUAAGAAUGUACUAAUGCGACAGAAAAAAAUGACAUAUCGCAAAAUUUAAAUUUUAGAGAUGCUCAAAAUUUAUAUACUUGUGAUUAACAAUCUGAUAAGUCUGUCGAAUUACUCAUACUUAGUAAUCAACAUCCAGAAAAUGAAUGGAUAAAAAGAGAGUCAGAGAUAGUAGUAUAUUUAAAAUAAUUGGGUAUACAAAUGAAAACAGACCCUUUAGAAAAACAAGAAAAGUUUUAUAAGAAACCUAAAAGAAGAGUGAAUAAAUCCAGUACAAUGUAAUUCCAUUCUCCAACAAAUAAUGAAGAUAAUGAUAAUAUGGAAACAAACCGGCAGGCUAUACAAUAGAUGAGUAUAGAAAUGAAUUCAAUUAAAUAACGACGAACACCUAAUACAACUCCUUAAAGUUCUCCUUUAAUUACUUAAGACUUAUAGAAAUAAGAACCUUAAAAAAAACAAAGAAUGUCAAUAUUUUAGAAGAUGAAAGGUUAAUCAUAAGCAUUCUCUUCUGAUGAAGGUGAGAUUCAAGAAAAUAUUAAAAGAAAUAAGUAUCAAUUUAACGAAAAGUAUGAUGGAAAAAGUGAUUCAAGUGAAAAUAAUUUAGAGAAAAACUAUUUCUAAAAUAUAUGUGAAUGA